AUGAUCCGACGACUAAUUCUCGUGGGCGCCGCGGCGUCGCUGGCCAUAUCGCAGAAGAUCCCAACGGACGCCGAGGCCGCGAAGAAACUGUUACAAGUGUUCGGAUUGAAAGAGCCCAAACUCCAUGGGCACCUACUGCCUCCGCAGUACAUGCUCGAACUGUACAAUCACACAGCAACUCAGGAAGGCUUUAUGAAAACAGCGAAUCCCUACAAUGCAAACCUCAUUCGGAGUUUCGUCGACAAAGUUCGCCGGAGACCCAAGCACCCUCUGAAGCCUUACCACGUUCCUACAGCCACCGCACUCCGUUUUUUUUUCAAUGUCACGAAAGCAGACCCUCGCGAGGAGCUUCUCCAAGCGCAAUUCCACAUAUACAAACUGAAGCCCAAGGGACGGAAGUUCAGAGGACUCCUGGAGGUUCGAGCGUAUCAAGUCCUGCCGGGUUCAACACCGAACACGGAGGAAGGCAACCGUCUGCUCGACGUUCGGAGAGUCUCCUACGACAGCCUCGGCUGGGAGGUAUUCUACGUUAAACCGGCUGUGGAGGACUGGCUUAAGGACGAAGCACUCAAUCUCGGGAUGUUCUUGACGGUGCGGACGCAGAAGGGACGUCGGCUCCCUGACCAACAAUUUCGCUUCGCUCGGAAGCAGAUCGGCCAGUCGGGUCCCAAUAACGCAUCUAAGCAACCUGUUUUAGUCGUAUUCAGCAACGACGGACGACCUCCGCAAACCAACACAACAUAUCCCCCCGGUGACUCGUCCUCGGCGAGCGACAGAACGAAAAGAUCUCUUCCUUCAAGCGCUUCCGGCGCGCAAUACGAAGUCUUCAAUGCGAACCAUUCCCACGACGAAACGCUGUCAUGCGCCCGAUACGAUUUGUACGUGGACUUCCAGAAGAUCGGCUGGUCGUCCUGGAUCAUAUCUCCUGAAGGAUAUCAAGCCUAUCACUGCAAGGGAGCGUGUUCGUUUCCAUUAGGUCAGAACCAGUGGCCAACGAAUCAUGCCACGGUACAGAGCAUCGUUAACGAGUUGAGUUUGACGCCCGGCGUCGGGAAACCAUGCUGCGUUCCUAACAAGUUGUACUCCAUCAGUCUGUUGUACUACGACGACAACGAAAACGUCAUCUUGAAACAGUACGAUGACAUGGUGGCCGCCAGCUGCGGGUGCCACUGA